GCUGAUAUCCCGACGAACCAGAAGAGAAACAAGCCGACAAGACAGUCACAUACACAGCGCGGUGCACUUUUAAAACACCGUAUAAAAGUUGUUUUAGUCAUAUUUUGCUUCAAACCGGACAUGUAUUUGGAUUUACUAUGUUACCGACUAUUUAUAAUUUUCUAAAUCCUGGAAUGAGAGACGACGAAACAACAUUGAGCUGCUGUAAUUUAGUCAGCGCAUAAUUUUUUAAACUUUUGAGUAUUUUAUUUGCUUCGGGACAUCGGAAUCACACUUCAGGAGUGUAUUGCCUGUUUCAUGCGACUAGACAUACUCCAUCUGCCCCAUCCGCACGACUGCACCGGGACAGUGGAUAUCACGGGACAUUUACGGACAGAAACUGGACUACACGCCGUAUUUUGAAUGCCUUUGCCGGGACUUUGCUGGCUUGUGUGCUGCAGACAAGGCUUCAGUUUGUUGGCUCGGGAACAUGGGGAGAAAGAGGAGGAAGAGUCUUUCGAGUUACGCAAUCAGGACGGGCACACACAUACGGGACGGGGCCAACUAGAGGUCACCAUGACUCCACCCUCUCGCUCAGUCAAUGGCACUCCCUGUCUGACAGGGGGUUCUGAGGAGAGAAGAAGCCUCAUCACGGAGAAGACUAAGAUGAAGAUGGAGGAAGACCCCGAGGUGCUCGUGAAGGGCUGGCUCCUACGGGAGGUUCAGGGCGGCUGGCUCAGACAGAGGAGGUUCUGGUUCGUUUUGACUGCAGAUUCUCUUGACUACUACAGCGGCCCGGACAGGGAUGCACGCAGACUGGGCACACUCGUACUCACCUCACUGUGCUCUGUGCUGUGGCCCGACAAACACACCUACAAACAGACAGGUUAUUGGAGUUUGACGGUGUACGGCAGGAAGCACUGCUACAGGCUCUUUACCAAGCACUAUAAUGAAGCUGUACAUUGGGCGUGUGCUGUACAGAAAGUCAUUGACAGCAAAGCUCCAGUGGACACGCCAACACAGCUCCUCAUACGAGAUAUUGAGGAGAACAAAUUCAAUCCAGAAGUUGUGGAGCACAUAUAUCAGCAUAAUCCCAUCCUGAGGUACACGCAGAGCCCUCUUUACGCCCCCCUGCUGCCUUUCCCUUAUGGCAGCCUACAUCACACACAUAUGUACAGCAAAGGCUACACAUCCGUCCGCGAAGAAGCCGUGAGGUUGUUUAACUGCCUUCAGCAGUUAGAGUCCGCCCAUGAGCCCAUUCCUCUAAUACAGGGAAUCCUCCAAACCUGCCUCGAUCUCCGGCCGCUCCGAGACGAGCUGUACUGCCAGCUCAUCAAACAGACCAGCGUCACCAGCUCGCACGCACAAAACCAAACGCAGCCGAACCUGAGGCUCCGAUACUGGCAGCUGCUCACCUGCAUGAGCUGCACUUUCCUGCCCAGCAGCAGCAUACUUAAGUACCUGCGCUUUCAUCUGAAGAGGGUUCAGAGUUUGUGUUUGGACCCAGAGGUAGAGAGCUACGCGUCGUUCAUAGCCCAGGCUCUGGAGAAGACACGUGGCCGUGAGUGUGUGCCUUCAUGGGAGGAGAUCCAGGGGCUGAUGGGAAGGCAGGAGAUACUGUGUACCGUGCACUACCCUGGACCAGGCUGCUGCCAGAUACCGAUCACCUCGCACACUACUGCUAAUGAGGUUGUAAAGAGAAUGGCAGAGCGCCUUGGGCUGCAGGACAGCCGAAACACGUUUGCUCUCUUUGAGCAGAAUGCAUGCUGGGAGAAAGCUAUUGGAGGAAAUACCAUAAUUGCCGAUGUCAUCACCAGAUUCGAAAAUCUGUCAGCAAAAGAGCCGGAUUCAGACAGCCAUUGGAGACUGUGCUUUAAACUUUACUGUCUGCUGGACACAGAUAACAUCAGCACAGACAACAUAGAGUACCUUUUCCUCUAUGAGCAGUGUCAUGAGAUGGUGGUGCGAGGGCAGUUGCCAGCCUGCGAGGAUGACCUCCUUUCCCUGGCAGCACUGCGACUGCAAUGUCUUCUGGGAGAUUUCAGCGCCCUCUCUCCGUACCCGCCCUUGGAACAGCUCUUCCCAGCUGAAGUGGUGGAGGCCCGGGCCCUGUUGGCUCCUGUAGAUCCUCCCGGCUGCCCUUCUUUCCCCGGGGGCCUGUUGGUCGGGACGUUGUGGGGUCACAAGUGCCGUCAAGAACAGGACCAAAGACUACGGACCAGGCUGAGGGAGGAGGGAGCCGUGGUGAUGUCGGCCAUUUUGGAGCGAUGGAAAGCUCUAGUGGGAUACAGUCGCAGAGACAGCAUGGCCGCCUAUCUCACCAUCGCUCGGCAAUGGUCGGGGUUCGGCUGCACGCUUUAUGAAGUGGAUUUUUACAUUAGUUCGACAGGAAGCUUCUCUCAGAAAUUGUGGCUGGGCGUGGCCGCUUCCUGCGUGUCUUUAUAUCGCCAGGGCGAGGCUGAAGCAUUGGAGUCUCUGCCUAUUGGUCAGAUCUGUUCCUACGGUGUCUCUGAUAGCAACACAUUCAGGAUCACCGCAGGAGAUAGAGAUCUGCUCUUUGAGACCACCAAGUUGACUGAGAUCAUGCAGCUGAUGAAUGCUUACUUCAGUGCCACCCGUCGCCAGCUAGGCAAGGAUGACUACAUCACCAACCCUAAGCUCCACCCCUCCCUACUUGAGCUACCCUCUCACCCGGUGUGAGGAGAGAAUGAUUCGCACACAUAUGCACUCAACUCUUGACUGAUGUACACACGUAUGCAUACGCAGUCCUGGCCGAUUCCCUCCCGAGGAGCUUUGGACAGUAGACGAACUCUUACGAGACUGUAGAUAUUCAGCUCAGAAUACAAAAAGAAGAUGCGACUUCUUGGGAGAAGGACUGGACGGGAAACCAAAUAACCACAAACAGGAGAGCAAGUUUAUAAGCUCAGUCUUGAGGAGACAGGGUUCGUUGGUGGCCACCUGGGACAGGCUUUAAACGCCACAUCCAGAAUGCAAGAUGUCAGAGAUAACUCGCAGGUUAAACGUUUUAAGUCAGCAUCUUAAAGGAAGCUGCCAUGACAGUUAAACUGCACACGCACGCACGCUCAUCCAGCUUUUAUUGUCUUGCUGUUAAUCUCAUUCAUCACCUCACAAAUGAGCUUGAAAUGAAAGCAAGUCACUUUUUCGUUGUACAGACAGACUUUCUUUAAUAAAGCGACGGUGGUGUAUGUGUGCGUGUGAAAGAUAGAUUUGAACUCUUUAAGCUGUAGAAUUGAAACCAAAGGAUCUUUAGCUUGUCUGUAUGAUGAGUGUAUUUGUGAAACCUGUUGAGCCUGGUGCUGCUUGACUGAGCUGUUAGCUUACAGUAACUUUACACUGUAAAGCCUUACUAAAGGAUAAAACAAACUCAUUUAGAUAUCCCGUUGCAUUCUGGUUAAUAACACAUUUGCAAAUUUGGGUUUUGUCAGUGCGUCCUGGACCUGUAACUAUAAAACACUGAAGAUAAUGUAACACUAUUGUUAUGCAAUAUUAAUUAUCAUCCCUUAAAGGGAUAGUUUGGCCAAAAAUGAUAUUAAGCCCAUGAUUUACUCACCCCCAAGCUGUCCGAGUUGCAUAUGUCCAUCGUUUU